AUGGUGGUUCAACGUGACCGCUCCAAUGAGCUCUACAGCUUAUUCGAUGGUAUGAAAAACAUGAGCGAAACAGGCCUCCAGGAAAGGGAUUCCUUUGCUCAAGCUGAGCAGCUUCCGCUACAACCUCACACGGGAUUGCAUUCUAGUAACGAAGUGCAACUCUUCAACAGAUUUGCUCAGGCGCUUUCAACGGAUUUAGCGCGUGUGUCAGAGUCGAUCAUGCGGUUGACAAAACUGACACAGCGGCAAAGCGUCUUUGAGGAUCAGUCGUCCGAAAUAACAGGUCUUACACAGGUGGUAAAAUCAUCCUUGCAGCGACUUCACACGGAUUUGGAGACACUUGAAGAGCUCAAGCAACGCGCAAUGGCAGCACAGAAAUCCGCGACAGCGAAGGUGGGCAGCGGCGGAUCGGGUGAGAGUCACAGUUUGUGGGGCGGAGGCAGAGAUGCCGAGUCGCUUGUACGAACUUCUUCAAAACAUAGCGACACUGUGGUGGAGACGCUGCGAACAAGACUUGCGCGUACUGGACAGCAGUUUCGCACGACACUGCAGCAUCAAACACGGGUUAUGAAGGAAAAUGCACAGCGACGUCAUAUGUUUAGCACUGGUGAUCGUCCACAGACUUUUGAAAGUGCACUAUUUCAGGAUCAAGAACAACACCAACUCCAACAGCAACAACUGGUGACCGGAUCAGGCAAUGUGCAGUAUUACAAGCAACGUGCUGAAGCGGUUCGUGAGCUUGAAGCUACUGUUGUUGAAGUGGGGGAGUUGUUCAAUGAUUUUGCACGACUUGUACACGAACAGGAUGAGAUAGUGCUUCGGAUUGACACGGACGUGGAUAGCGCGCUGCGGCACGUGAAUGCUGGAAGCAACGAACUAAUGCGGUACUUGGCAAACCUUAGCUCAAACCGUGGCCUGAUAUUAAAGAUAUUCGGUGUUCUGUUCUUCUUCUUACUCUUUUUUGGCUUCGUUGUUGUGCGGUGA